AUGUGGCGUAGGCGUAAAGCUGUGUUAUUUUACUUGAUUCAAAUUUUUUACAUCUUUUAAACAUAAUUUUUAAAAGUGCGUGAUCUAUUUUUGGCAAAUGGAUAUCGGAGAACUUUUAUCUUAUAAGCCCCCAAACACACCGAAACGACCGACAGCGGGAGAGGAAGACGACGACGAUGAAUGGGAGAGCGUGAAGAAGCCAAAGAAGGUGAUAAAGACCCCGUAUCAUGCACGUCAACGACAGCCUAAGGAGCUCGACGUCGUACCGUCCAGGAACGAUGAACCUGCUACACCUGUCAGAGCUGCUUUGCCCUCGCCAGCUAACGACGUGGUCGAACCGCAACUAACGGAGAAGGAAAAGCAAGAUAUAUUGAAGUAUGUGGAAACCGAGGCGCCUGAAGUCGAAGCGUUGGAUGAAGCGACGCUCAAACGUAUGAUUCUUCUAUUCGAGAAGAGAGCUCUGAGGAAUCAGGAGAUGAGAGUCAAAUUCCCAGAUCAACCGGAGAAGUUCAUGGAAUCCGAAGUAGAACUGCACGAAACUCUGCAAGAGCUUCAUAUUGUGGCAACCAAUCCAGAUUUGUAUCAGUUAAUGGUAGAGUUAGGUGCCGUACCUUCAUUGCUAGAAUUGUUGUCUCACGAAAAUACUGAUGUAGCAGUUGGCGUGGUAGAUCUUCUGCAGGAAUUGACUGACGUAGAUAUAUUACACGAAAGUCAAGAAGGCGCGGAUACACUUAUCGAUGCUUUGUUGGAGCAACAAGUUUGCGCUCUCCUAGUACAAAAUCUCGAGAGGCUUGAUGAAACAGUGAAAGAGGAGAGCGACGGUGUUUUUAACACACUUGCCAUUUUUGAGAAUCUACUGGAAUUUAGACCAGACCUAUGCGCGGAUGCGGGAAAGCAGGGUCUGAUGCAAUGGUUGUUACGUCGAGUUAAAACUAAAACGCCUUUUGACGCGAACAAACUUUACGCCAGUGAACUCCUGUCUAUACUUUUGCAGCAUACGCCAGAAAAUAGACUCCUUUUAGGUGACUUGGAUGGAAUUGAUGUUUUACUACAACAAUUAGCUUAUUAUAAGAGACACGAUCCGCAGACUGCAGAGGAACAAGAGAUGAUGGAAAAUUUGUUUAACGUUUUGUGCUCAAGCUUAAUGGCUACUGUAAAUCGAGAUAGAUUUCUGCGUGGCGAAGGCCUCCAACUUAUGAACUUAAUGUUACGAGAAAAAAAGAUGUCUCGGAAUGGAUCUCUCAAAGUUUUAGAUCACGCUAUGAAUGGCCCGGACGGAAAAGAUAACUGCAGCAAAUUUGUAGAUAUUCUUGGAUUGCGAACUAUAUUUCCUCUGUUUAUGAAAACUCCAACAAAAAAUAGAAAAAGAAUGCUUACUGCAGAAGAGCAUGAAGAACACGUGAUUUCAAUCAUAGCAAGCAUGUUAAAGAACUGUAAAGGACAACAGCGUCAAAGAUUACUUAGUAAGUUUACGGAGAAUGAUUAUGAGAAAGUGGACAGAUUAAUGGAAUUACAUUUCAAGUAUCUUGAAAAGGUAGAAGAAGUGGAAAAGAAUGGGAAGGACGAUGAAGACGAAGAAGAAUCGUACUUGAGAAGAUUAGACGGCGGGUUAUUUAUAUUACAGUUAGUAGAUUAUGUACUUUUAGAAGCUUGCACUGGUUGUCCGCCUGCAGUCAAGCAACGAGUGACAAGAAUCUUGGCGCAGAGAAGAGCAUCCCUUAAAACAAUUCGCCACAUCAUGAGAGAAUACGCCGGUAAUUUAGGAGAUGCCGGUGAUACGGAAUGGAAAGAAGCAGAGCAACAACAUAUCUUACAAUUAAUUGAUAAAUUUUGAUAUGUAUUUUCUGUAUUAUUAAAAUAUAUUGUUAUAACAUAAGACUCAAU